GCCAGUAUUCUUGUAAACAAAUAUCUCUCUCUUUAAAAAUUAGUGCACGCAGAGAAGUAGAUUCCAUAUCCACAUAUUGUGAUUUAUUACACCAGUUCGCAAUCCCCCUUAUGAGUAUAUGAAUUUCUCUCGUAUUCCAGUUAGCAAAAUUGUAUGCUCUCAAAUUUCCAGUUUACUUUUAGAUAAUAGACAAGCGGGGCAUGACUUUUGUUGCAGGGCAUUAGCCCGUGAGCAAUCGUCGCCGUAUCGUCCACAUUAGCGGCUAGUCAGUGUGUUAAAAUUAACAAAAGUCCAAUAACAAACGUAAUCUAAAAUACUUGUCAUAAUGUUAAGAGCGCCCAGCGCAGUUACCUACAGUGUAGCCAUCGGUGUUGGUGUAACACUCGUUUACUGGUGCUACCGGCAAUGGAAGAAUCGUAUGUCAAUGCCUAAAAAAUGGCGUCGUAUUGGCACGUUGGACCAAAUCAAUAUAUUUCCCAUAAAAUCUUGUGGGCCAUUAAAUCUUGAUGCCAACACUGAAGUCGAUUGCGAUAUACUUGGCUUAAAAUUCAAUGGUUGUCGCGAUCGUGCACUAAUGGUGAUCAACCAUUCAAAUGAAAUGAUCACCGCGCGUGUUUAUCCUCAUAUGGUGCUGAUUGCCACAGAAUUGGUGGAAUCGCAGGUAUUACAGAUCAGUGCCCCUGGUAUGAACUCAAUCAAAUUGCAACUGAGCACUUUAAAAUCAGAAGGCGAACAAAUCGAAACGAAGGUGUGGAGCACAUCAGUAAAUGUGUACCUAGUUGGAGCUAAAUAUGACAAAUGGUUAUCCCAGUAUAUUCUAAAUAAAGAUAGUGGCAUAAGGCUGGUUCACUAUCCAUUGGAGAAACCAGUUAAGGCAAUUAAUUCCCGCAUGGUUCGGCAGCCAUAUAUUUUGAAAGAGGAUCGUGGAACCUUCAAUGACGCCACUAGCUAUAUGCUACUUAAUUUAUCAUCAAUUGAGGAACUAAGCACUCGCUUACCACGAUCGCUAGAUCCGUUGCAAUUUCGUGGCAACUUCCACCUGAAAAUGGACUUUCCCGAGCCUUAUGCUGAAGAUAACUGGAAGUGGGUGAAGAUUGGUGAUGAUGUAGUUUUUCGUGUAGUGGCACCGUGUACUCGUUGUAUAUUCCCUAAUAUAGAUGUAAAGACAGCAAAGCGUGAUCCCGAUGGUGAACCGUUCAAUACAUUAAAGAAGUAUCGUCUAUUCAAAGGCUAUGCUAGUCCAGCACUUGGCAUUCACUUGGGCUUACGCGCCGCGGGUUCAAUCAAGAAGGGUGCAGUUAUCUAUGUUGAGGAUAAGUAAAGAGAUUUUAUGCAGCUAUAGUAAACAAGAAUAUGUAAUACACAAAUACUUCUCUUAAGAUCCAACAAGAAAAUUAAGUGGAACUGUGAAAAAUAUUUU